AUGGCUUCAGCUUCCACUACCGCGCCGUCAUUUCAGAUUAUCUCAUCCCUGCGAUACGAUCCCGAUCUUCCGAAGGUGACCUCCCGCAAUGUGAAUGAUAGUAGCUAUCCAGCCCCAGCGGACUCGCCUUAUUACCUCCUGUCGUACCACCGAGACCGGCUGAUCAAUGCUGCACGUCAUUUCGAAUGGGAUAAGGCGAUAGAUUUUCUACAACAAGAUCUGGUCAGUUUUGAGAAACUCCUCGAUGGCUCAAUAUCCGACGUGCAGAAGCCAUGGCGAAUGAGAAUCGCCGUGGAUUGCAACGGCAAAGGCUCAAUCGAGGUCAAUCCUACUGUAGCGAUUGACCCAUUGAACCUGUUGAUUCCUUCCCUCCAUAGCGGCAUACAACCCACCAUCUGGAAGGUGUUUGUUGAUUCACAACUCACAACUCCAUCUGGCUUCACCACACACAAGACCACCGCCCGAGACGACUACACGGCCGCUCGUGUGCGCGCAGGAAUCACUUCCCCGGCAGAGACAUCGGAAGUCUUGGUAGUCAAUCCAGACGGGGAGAUUAUGGAAGGAAGCAUUACUACACCCUACUUUCGACGGCCCAUAGCGGGUGACGCGACCGAGCCAGUUUGGGUUACUCCGCCAUUGACAAGUGGUGGAAAUGCAGGCACGAGUAGGAGAUACGCCUUGACACAAGGAUUUUGCGUGGAGCAACUUGUCACCAAGGCAGAUCUGGUAGACGGGGAGGAAUGCUGGCUCAGUAACGGAGUACGUGGGUUCAUGCGAGGCGUGGUAGUUCUGAGUCGAUAG